GCAAAAAAAAAUAAACCACCAUCGUCAAUAUUAUGUGGGGAUUUUCUCUAAUUGGAGGCGGGAUCAACGUUUAUCUCGUAUUCAUUUAUCGGAGAAAGAGAGGGAAAUGGCAGCAUCGAUUCGAAAGAUGGAUUCUGAAUCGCCUUCAACUUUCGACUCGGAGGAUUACUCCCCAUCUGAUAAGAGGAGCAGAACAGUGGAAGACUUUAACAAAUUCUGCACUUUUGUGUUGGUUUAUGCUGGGUAUAUCCCUUGUCCUCAGGAAGAUUUGCCUCUACGGACCAGCUCCAGUCCUCCUAACAGCACAGGCAGUACAGCAGAUAGUGAGCCCUGGGAUCUUCGCUACAAUGAUCUUCCAUUGUCUGUUCCUUCCAAGGCUAAACGCAGGAAAACUCUAACAAGCUUCAAGCGAGCCAAACCUUAUUCAUUUCUUAAGCAUCACAAAUCUGGAGGCUUCCUGCUGCCUGCCUUCAAUCGUAGGAAGUCUGACAAGAUGAAGAGGAAGCACAAGGUGAGGACAAAAGAGGAAAGCCCGAGGAUAGAACAGCACAUCGAGGAACCUGUCAAGCAGGAAUCACCCAACCUGGAUCCAGUGAUCAAACAAGAACUCACUGACCAUGCUGCAGUGGACACAGCACCAGUUCCUAUUAACACAGUAUCUCUUGCCCCUGAGCCCCUCACAGACUUCCCAAGCAAAGGCCAGGACAGUUCUUUUGUGCCAGUUACUGCAACAGAAACAAUAAAUGAGACGGUAAAAAGUGAAAAAGUGGAACGACACAGAACUGUUUUCCGUCAGGGAAAGCAGGUUGUGUUCAGGGAUGUGGAUACAACAGGCAAUGACGAGGAUAUCAUGGUGGAUUCUGAUGAUGAUUCUUGGGAUCUGGUGACGUGUUACUGCAUGAAGCCAUUUGCUGGACGUCCAAUGAUAGAGUGUAAUGAGUGUGGUACCUGGAUCCACCUGUCCUGUGCCAAAAUCCGCAAAUCCAAUGUCCCGGAGGUGUAUGUCUGUCAAAGGUGCCGAGACUCCAAAUGCGAUAUUCGACGAUCAAACAGGUCCCGGACCGGCUGCAGAAAGCACUUCCUUGACUGAGGUGUCAGAAGCUUUUUCUUGAUUUGUUUUAUACCUGGGAAAGAGAAAAGAGAAUCUUGAAAUGAUAAUGAGGCAAAAAACAAGCCUGUUUUUAAGACAAAAGAUCCUGAUGGACUUGCUUGGAGACUUCCACCCAUUCAUGCAAGAAUUGCCUGCUUUUUUGACUUUCUUUCUGCACACCCUCAUGGUUUCCAUUUCAGAACCUACAAGACUACUAUAUCAAUGAUAGUCUUGGCUAGUCCAUCAUGGGAUGGAAUUUGGGCAUUGGGGGUGGGGUGGUGUGGGAGGUGGGGGCAAACAUGCCAACUACAAACAACAUUUCCUUUACCCGUCUGAGCUUUCUGUUGGUUAUCACCCUGACUCCACCACCCUCUGAGUACAAAAUAAGAAAAUCCACAAGAGAAAGUAAGGAUGGCAAUAAUCUUAGUUCAUCGUUCUCAUCUUCCUUCCUCUGCACUCAUUUGUUUCAUAGUCUCAAGCAAACAAAAGGGGCCCAGUGCAAUAGACAAAGCCUUAAAACACUCUAAAUUGAGAAAGGGGGAAAAAGAAUAAGUAAUAUGUUUAACUAGUAGCCUGGCAUUUAACAGUGCAAUAAAACCUAAUAAUGCUGUAAGUACACUGCAACUCUUUCAUAUUCAGUCAGUAAAGGUGGGUUAAAGUAUCUUAAUUUCCAGCCAGGAUACACAUUUGAUACUAUAGCACCUCUCUUCACAAGUGAUGUUUGCCUUUUUAUUUCAUAUUUCCUGAAUUUUACUGUUGUAUCAAGAGAAAACAAUGCCCUUUUUGGUACCGACAAUAUAUUUUGCCCACCUGCAUUUAAAAAAAAAAUCAAUUACAAUUGAUCCAGGACUAAAUAUUCUUUCUGGAAAGGUAGAUAACUGUGUUAGAACAUUUGGUGGGUGGGUUCUCUUUUUUUGUAGUGUGACUGACAUUACUAGAAGGGUUUGGAAUGGGGAAAACAACUUGGAAUUCUUUUUUUAAGGUUAUUUCUUUUUUUUUAUUUUUCAGAAAACUUUACACAGUUUCUGAUGCCUAACAUUUGGUACUUAAACUCCUACAGUGAGAAGGAGAAAAUAAGAUCUUUAGGAGCUAGUUUUUAAAUGGUCAUUGAAUUAAUUUCCAUCUUUAUGUUGUUUACAGACUAUAACAUUAAACUGCUGGUUGAAAGUUAGCUGUUUAAAAAGUCUGUUUACAAUUAAGUUUAGACGUGCUGUAUUUUUUAAAUCAUAUCUGUUGAUGGUACAUUAAAUCUGUUAUGGCAACAUACUGGAAAUAAUUCAGAAUAGCAAGUCAAGUUAAAAGUUUAUGUGAGUAGGAGAUCACCAUCUAUUGAAGUGUCCCCAUAACAUUCAUCUGUUUUUUUUUAAUGUGGUCUUCUAGCUACGUGAAGGGGAUUGUCUUUCUUGUGCAAUGUUCCUUCUCUAUAUAUUGCAAAAUGUAUAUUGCCAUAAAAUAUUGUACCUGCAUUUUUAUUUUCUGUUUUAUCCUACGGAUAUUUGCCAAUUUGGAUCUUCUCAAUCCUGACAUUAGUAAACUCACUUACGAGAAACAGCUCCCAAACUUUUGCCUAUGGAUAAAGUAAAUGAAAUGAGAAUUCUCCCCUUAAUUUACAUCUCACCUGCUUGCCCAUCUUUGUUUUCUGUGUCUUACCACUAUAACCAAUGAUCUAGGCUAGCUAGACGUAACUAUGGGGAUAAAAGAUAUAGUGGGUACAAAAAGAUGUCUGACAAUCAAUCCCCUUUGCACUAAUGCACACAAGAUUAAUUUGCCUCCUCAGUCACUCAUUCAAAUAAUAAAAAAUUUCAUCCACCAGAAUAUUCUCUUUUCUCCCACCCCACCCCAUAUUUUGCCACUACAAGAAAAGUGUGAACUGGUCGUCUCCCUUGUCAAUAAAUCUACCUCCUCAAACUUACUGGGAUGUGAGGAAACAAUCAUUUUAUGAGGGGAAAAGCCCGUGUUCAUUUCCCAUUGAAAAUCAGAUAAGAUUCUGAACCUUUAGUACCACACACAAAACGCUGGAGGAACUCAGCAGGUUAGGCAGCAUCUAUGGAGAGGAAUAAAGAAUCAACAUUUCAGGCUGAGAUGCUUCAUCAGGACUGGCCCAUAGAUUCUGCCUGACCUGCUGAGUUCCUCCAGCAUUUUGUAUGUAUUACUCUGGAUUUUCAACAUCUGCGGAAUCUCUUGUCCCUUUAGUCCUUCCUAGUUGUGAUUGCUGGCGUUUGCAUUGUUGGACAAUGAGCAAGGACAGAGAUGAGGUCAGGUGUGUUAAUCAGAGAGAAUUAAUUCACACACGCACGCACUCACUAAAGGCUUGAGAUGUAAAUAAUAGCUGGAAUGGCCAGCAGAUGGAAGGUGACUGAUCCCUGUAAAACUGUUGAAAGAAAGUCAACUUAAUCAGGAGAUAAAACCCAUAUCUGACACAUAUACAAUUUAAUUCAUAAGGAUCCCAGAAAUCUAUCGUAGUAAAUCAUAGUUGUAAAAUGUUCCUUGGUAUGUGAUCAAAACUCAUUUUAUCACACUCUUCCAGAGGAAAACUUAUCCUAGCCGCAACCCCAUUUUAGUUACUUUAAUGAGGGUGACUUUUAUAAAGCAGCUUUGCAACUUUACAAGGACUGGUGGGUGCUUUUGCUCCCAAUGGGAAUAUCUGCAGUACUUUGUCAUGCAAGACUAACAAGUCUCUGAUUUAGGGACGCUUUGCAGUGAUGUUGCAAGGAAUGUUGAAAUGUCUCCAUGGAAGGUUUAUCAAAGCGGAACAAAGAAAACCUUGUUUCUGUGAAACUUUGUACGUGUAUAUCGGAAGUUAUUUUGUAAAUAAAGAUUUAACUAUUGGUAUUUUAAUUGAUGAACCUGUUAU